AUGAAAUUCUCCAACGUUGCUGGCUUGGCUGCUUUCGCUGUCUCUGGCGCUCAGGCCGCCGACUCUGAGGCGGUUGACUUUUUGACAAAGUUGGUGUCUGAUUAUGACGACAACAAGAAACAGUAUCUCAGUUUCUUCCACACUGCCUCAAACGUUCCCGAGAUUCUCACGAGUAUCGCAAGAAACAUUCCAACAUACACUGACGACUCGUACACCACCCUUUUGGACAACUCGGGCGUCGACGUUUCGUCGUUGAUGUCUUAUGCCACCAACUUGCCUUGGUAUGAAAGAAUCGAGGGCGGCUCCAAAUCUGGCUCUGGCUCUUCCUCGGGCUCGUCUUCUAAGGCAAGUUCUUCCUCCGCCGGCGGAGCUGGCUCUGUGGUGAUGGCUCCUUUGGGCGCUGUUGCUGGUGCCGUUGCGCUUGUUUUGUUGUAA